GUUGUCUCAGUUUACACGGCCGCCAGAGUAAUCAAUAUGCUGAGAUAUCUUGGAUUCCUCCUCAUCAUUGCUGGGGCACAUUGUUUGGGUCGGCUAAGUGGCUACAAUCCCGUGCUCACCCCCGCCACCCGAUGUGUGAGGAGCUUGCCACUGCCGCUCUACCAUUUUAUUCCGGUGCGAGUUCUUACGCCUAAGACCUUCCUAGAGGAUUCGGCUUCCCAUUCGGAACUGAUUCGCCAAGCGCGUCAGCAGCAGAUCGUUCAGGAAGUGGUUGUGGAGAACAACUUUGGAGGGCCAGGAUUCGGAGGUCCUGGCUUUGGAGGUCCAGGUUUUGGAGGGCCAGGUUUCGGAGGACCAGGUUUUGGAGGUCCAGGAUUUGGGGGUCCAGGGUUCGGACGUCCAGGUUUCGGAGGAUUCAGAAGACCUGGAUUCGGCUUUGCUCGUAGCUACGACCAGGAGGAACCAGAGCCAUAUGAGGCGCCUGCUGAGAUUACCUCUGCGCCCUGCCCAAAGAACUAUGUAUUUUCCUGUGAAGCAGUAAUCAAACCUGUUCCCUGUGCUUCCCCCAGCACCGGUUCUGGUUAUUGAGAGAAAGAGUACUGAUUAAAGAAAAUAAAUUAAACGACUUAUUAAAAAUUA